AUGGAUGAAGACAAAAAGGCUUAUAUGGUGAGGGGAGAAUUGUGGGUGGCAAAGAAAGUGAUGAUCUCUCCGAUGAAAGAAGAUGAGAUGAAUCGAAACAAAAUAUACAUGCAACCCAGUGUCGACAAAGUGUUGAGCGACCUUCACGUUCCUCCCGAACUUUCUUCUGUCAACUGGAAAGUCUCUAAAGUUGGUCAAGCGUAUUUAGCUGGCCUCAAUUUGAAUUAUAACACAAAGCUGAUUCCGCGCCUCUUUAAAGCGUCGAAAAAAGACGAUCAGAUUCUUGAAUUUGCUGGGAACAAACAAGUAACUUACAAUCCUUUAGAAGCUAUUAUUAUACAGACAGCGUUGAAUAUGCCAUCUGGUACAUAUGAAAGUGUUUGUUUCCAUCUAUUCCAUGUAUAA